CCCCGGACGCGCGCGGGCAGUGCCUACAACAAACACGAACAGGACAGAAAUAAACGGACACCUGGUGAAAAAACUUACGGGAUAAAAUAAUUAAACAAAUCACAUUAUUUUCAUCACAACCUUUCGAUUGUCUCAUAAGGAUGGCAGAUGUGGAAGGAAAAACGCAUACCUGUGGGACGAUAUGUCUCAAAUAUCUUCUGUUCAUCUUCAAUCUUUUCUUUUGGUUGGCAGGGGGCGCUGUGAUGGCGGUGGGAAUAUGGACUUUGGUGGAUAAAAGCGACUAUAUCAGCCUUCUGUCCUCCAGCACUUACACGGUGGCAGCGUACAUCUUGAUCGGUGCAGGGGCCAUCGUCGUGGUUACAGGGAUGUUGGGCUGCUGUGCCACCAUCAGGGAACAAAGAGGUCUGCUGAUAGUGUUCUUCGUUUUGUUGCUGUUAAUCUUUUUACUGGAGAUCACAGCUGGAAUUUUGGCGUAUGUUUAUUAUCAGGAGCUGAACGCUGAACUGAGGGCCGAUCUGAAAGAGAGGAUGAUCCAAAACUACCAGCAGCCGGGUCAAGAACAAAUCACCAGAGCCGUGGACAGACUCCAGCAAGACUUCAAGUGUUGUGGAUGUAACAGCUCAGCUGAUUGGAGGGAAGGUGCUUGGAUACAGACAUAUGCUGACAUACGACUGGUGCCUGACAGCUGCUGUAAGACCCCCUCAGAGCUCUGCGGGGUCAGAGACCACCCAUCUAAUAUCUACAGAGUGGAGGGUGGUUGUAUAUCAAAACUAGAAGAGUUUUUACUUCAACAUCUGCUGAUCUUGGGCUCAGUGGGUCUCGGGAUUGCAUUUUUACAGAUUGUGGGGAUGAUAUUUACCUGCUGCCUGUUUCGAAGUCUGAAAGAAGAUAUAUACUGAACGAAGAGUUACAUGAGCUCUGUACCAACCAAAACACAUGCCUGUUACUGUAUACUUUUACUGUAUAUAUAUAUAAUAAGUCUCUUAUAUAUAAAUAUGUCAAAAUAUGUAAUGUGACAAUGAUGAGUCAAAAUGUUUUGGCUGCCGGACAGUCCCUCUUGGAAUUAUUAAUGAUAAAAUAGCUCAAACCCCAAUGUUCAAAAAGAAUCUACGCCCUUGGCUGAAAUUGGUGUAUUUUUGCAAUAAAAUUAAUCAUUAGAA